AUGAAUAAAAAGCUAGCUACAAAUGAAAAUCCCAUCACCAGCAUGUUCCUAUUCUGCGCCGGAAUCCUCGUCAUCUUACCCCUGGUCGACAGUUGCCUCCGGAAAAAGAAGAAAGAUCUGGAAAAGAACGGAAAAAAGACCGAGAAAAGCUGUCCAAGCAUUAACUUUACCGAUUUAGCCUCCGCUGCUGGUGGUGGCGCCUUGUUCAGUUUGGCUUUGGUGGACCUUGUGCCGGAACUUGCUGAAAAAGUCGAGGCUGUCUACGAUAAGCACUAUCCGCUUCACCAGUUCCUGUUUAUUUGCGGGAUAUUCUUCGUUGCAAUUGUGGACGACAUCACGCAAAAAAUCGUCGGCUGCUUCAUCAGCGCGAACAAGCGACGACCAAGCUGCAGGAACUUGCUUUCCGAAUCAAAUGAAAGCGAAGCUGCUCUGUCCGAUUCUAGUGGUUCGACCGACUCCAUGGAAUUGAGAGCUGUUCGAUUUCAAAUUGAAGAACCGGAUGAAAACGCGCCGACGAGAAAGGCGAUGAAGCUGAUUAUUGGGCUUUCUAUUCAUUCGUGUUUAACUGGAUUAACAGUUGGGAUGAUGGGAGAGGGUCUGCAGACAGGACUAAUUGCUUUAAUUCCUCACAAGGCUGCAGUGCUGUUUCUGCUUUCAUCAAUGCUCAUCGACGUUCCAAAAGGACCGCGAACCGCGCUGAUAAUCACGUUCUCCGCUGCUUUGCCUCUGGGAUUGAUUGCUGCUGCGAUUGUUUCUUCGUCUACGACAGACACAUGGACAAUCAUUAUUUUGGAAGCUAUUGGCGCUGGGGCGGUAAUGCAAGUUGCGAUCUUCGAAAUGCUUCCCGAUGCCCUUUCGAAACCGCACAGACUGAUGAAGAUCUUCACCGCCUUCCUGGGCGCCUUGGUUAUUGCAUUUAUGCAAACCACUCACGCUGAACAUGGCGAACACGGGGAAGAGCACCAUUUAGAAGGAAACCAUCACGACUCGUCCCAUCACUAG